AAUUUUACGAAACGGUCUCUUCCCUCCUCAGCUCAGCUCAGCUCCCCCCGACCGACCAAGACAUGAUAUGACAUGAUACCGUCGUCCCCGAAGAAGAUGAGCGAGCGAUCAGCGAAAGCGAGGAAGUACAGACCCACUUCCCCCUCCACUUUCAUCCUCCCCACCAUGGCCCGCAAGUCCUCCUUCCUCAAGCAAGCCCUAGCUGCCCUCCUCCUCCUCUUCGCCCUCUACGCUUUCUUCUCCGCCUUCCUCACUCCCGGCGACCCUUCCCCCUCCUCCUCCACCGGCGAUCCCCUCUCUGUUUCCCGCGAAUCCUCCUUCCCGGACGUUCAGCCCCCCAAAUUCCCCCCUCCCGUCAGAACCUACAUGUACGAUCUGCCCCGGAAGUUCACCUACGGCGUCAUCGAGCACCACUACCUGGCGCGUGGAGGCCACGCUCCCCCCUCCGACGCCGACCUCAAGUACCCCGGCCACCAGCACAUGGGUGAGUGGUACCUCUUCUCGGACCUCAGCCGCCCCGAGGCCGAUCGCUCCGGGUCGCCGGUGGUCCGGGUCUCCGAUCCCGAGGAGGCCGACCUGUUCUACGUCCCCUUCUUCUCAUCCCUCAGCCUGAUCGUGAACCAGGGGCGGCCGGCCGGGACGGCCCCGACCUACGUGGACGAAGAGAUUCAGGAGGAGCUGGUGACUUGGCUCGAGGGCCAGGAGUACUGGCGGAGGAACAGCGGCCGGGACCAUGUCAUCAUAGCCCAGGAUCCUAAUGCCCUCUACCGGGUCAUUGACCGGAUCAGGAAUGCUGUCUUGCUGGUCUCGGACUUCGGACGGCUGAGGCCGGAGCAGGCCUCGCUGGUGAAGGACAUUAUACUGCCCUAUUCCCACCGCAUCAAUACCUACAAUGGGGAUGUCGGGGUCGAGAAGCGCAAGACCCUUCUCUUCUUCAUGGGCAAUCGAUUCCGGAAAGAGGGAGGAAAGAUUCGCGAUUUGCUUUUCAAUAUACUUGAGAAAGAGGAGGAUGUAAUAAUGAAACAUGGGGCUCAAUCUCGAGAGAGCAGAAGAGCAGCUACGCAAGGGAUGCACACAUCUAAGUUUUGCCUUAACCCUGCUGGGGAUACUCCAUCUGCUUGUCGUCUUUUUGAUUCUAUUGUUAGCUUGUGUGUUCCCGUUAUCAUAAGUGACAGUAUUGAGCUGCCAUUUGAAGAUGUUAUAGAUUAUAGGAAGAUUGCGAUUUUCGUGGACACUGCAUCUGCACUGAAGCAGGGGUUUUUAGCUUCCUUGCUGAGAGGAGUGGCAGAGGAGAGGGUCUUGAAGUAUCAGAAAGAACUGAACAAGGUAAAGAGAUACUUUGAGUACGGUGAGCCUAACGGGACAGUGCACGAGAUAUGGCGCCAAGUGUCGCAGAAACUUCCCCUUAUCAAACUAAUGAUCAAUCGUGAUAAAAGGAUUGUCAAGAGGGACUUGGAUAGACCUGGCUGCUCCUGUCUCUGUACAAAUAAGACGGGGGUCAUUACCACCUUAUGAUUGUCGACACCAUAUUUCUAAUGGUAUCUCUUAUGGUACGUCCUCCGUAAACUCCCACUCUACUUGACGUGGCUGGUUCAGAAUAGGAUGAGAAAAAGCAGCAGUUGCAGAGGAGUGAAUUAUUAAUGACUCGUGAACAUCAUAGGACCCUCAUUAGAUGUUUGAAAGGGAUACGGUGAGUACAAAAGCAACAUUAAUCUGAAUUCCUGAUCUCUCUUUUUGAAUUUGUAGAAGAGCUGCUUCUGUGCCUCCCCAUAUAGUAACAUUUUAAUGGCUUCUCUUCUUUUUAUUUGCUGCGCGAUUUUGCCUGAUACAUAGCCUUCAUUUUGCGCUGGAGGAAGAUAGGAGAAACCCAACAUAUAGUCGGAUUCUUUAUGGUGCUAUGAAUGAUUUGUUGUAUAUUGUACUGAAUAAACUGUGAAAGUAUGUUAACUUGUUAUUUCCUGGAAAAGUUCGGUUUCUUUCUUA